AUGUUUUCACUAUUAUUAUUGUGCAGAUGUAAUGGCAAACAGUUGUGUAGUUUUGUGGUAAAUAACAGCUAUUUUGGUGAUCAUUGCCCGAAAACGUCGAAAUAUUUGGACGCCGAAUAUGAAUGCAUUACGACAUCAACUACUACAACAACUACCGUAACGAUAAGCACCAUAAAUACAACGAUUGAAUCAAAGCAGACUGCUUCUUCCAUGGAAAUAAACACCAUUAUAAGUGUUAAUGAGGAUGACGAAACUAAAAUGCUUAAACAAGGAUGUCCAUCAAUUAAAAAUCGAGAUUUUAAUUGGCCGUGGACAGAAUCCAAUAGUAUAGCUCGUAUGCCAUGUCCGAAUGGAGCAAAAGGCCAUGCUGAAUGGUUAUGCGAUAAAAAUGGCCAGUGGAAUAAAAACGGUGUGGAUAUGUCGAGAUGUGAAAGCUUUUGGAGUAAAAACCUUCAAGAAGAAGCUUAUCGGACUGAUGAUCCAAUCGAGAAACUUGAAACGCUCCACGAAAUUCAGCAAAUGACAAGAAAGGAGAUUUUAUUAGCCGGUGAUCUAAUUGCUCUAUCAAAAGCUAUCGUUUAUUCGAUACCGUCACAUAUUCAGCCGGAAAAUAGUGAAGUAUUUGCCGAGAUUAUUGUUGAAAUUGUGAAUAAUAUGGGAAGAGAGACUCAAUCGCAAGCGUGGUCCGAUUUGAAUUUUAUUCAACGUCGUGAAGUAGCUGAUUCGCUUAUCGAAAGUAUUAACCAUGUAGCAUCCGCAGUGAUGUCGAAUAUAGCACCUGGAACUACGCGUACUGUUAUUAAACCAUCAGUUGAAUUGGAAAUUUCAAAUGUUAAAAUUUACGACUAUAUUAUGUUUCCAAGUAUGAGCCUUUAUAAAAAUACUUAUGAUACUAUCGAUAUACCAAAAGAAGCUCUAAGUCUUCGAUUUAGUCCUCAAGAUUAUGCCAAAGUGCUUUAUGCAUCAUAUACAUCAAUUGGUGCUUAUAUGGAACCAGAACCUUAUUCGCGCUUUAACGGAGAUAUAAUUAAAAGGCAUUUAGCAUCAAAAAUCUUGUCGGCAUCUAUCCUAGAUUCUGCUAAUCGUAUUAGAUCGAUUCACCAUCUUCAAAAACCUGUAAUUAUCACGUUUAACACUAUGCAUACAAAAAAUUUAUCAUCACCGACUUGUGUCUGGUGGAAUAGAUUACAACUUUCGUGGUCAACCGAUGGUUGUCAAUUAGAAUUUGAACAUGGAAUUGUUCUCACAUUUAUAACAUAUGCGGGAUGUACAUUGUCAAUAAUUUGCUUAGCACUCUCAUUAUUGGCUUUUAAUUGUUUCGGAAAUGGAGAUGAACGAAUUUUUGUUCAUAAAAAUCUUAGCUUUUCUCUUCUCGUAGCUGAAAUUAUAUUUUUAUUGGGAAUUUGGCAAACGGACAAUAAUUUUCAUUGUGGUAUAAUAGCUGCUAUGCUACAUUUCUUUUUCUUGGCUGCUUUUUGUUGGAUGUUCCUGGAAGGUAUCGAAUUAUAUUAUAUGCUUGUUGAAGUGUUUCAAUCAAAUAAUUCAAGAAAAUCUUGUUUUUUCCUUUUCGGUUAUGGUUGUCCAGCUUUAAUUGUUGGUAUAUCCGCAUGGAUCGAUCCAGAUAGCUAUGGUACUGAGCGCUAUUGCUGGCUGCGAUCCGACAAUUAUUUUAUUCUCACAUUUAUUGCGCCAGUUGCAAUAAUUUUGUUUUGUAAUUGUAUUUUUAUUCUUAUGACCUUUUGUAUCGUAUGUAAUCAUUCAAAUAUUGGCUAUACUCCAUGCAAACAGAGCAAUAAUAAUAUAAAAAAUAUCAGGAAUUGGCUGAAAGGUGCGAUCGCUUUAAUUGCUUUGUUAGGUUUAACAUGGACAUUUGGUUUAUUAUGGCUUGAUCAACAGUCAAUAGCUAUGGCCUAUUUGUUCACAAUUUUAAAUUCUCUACAAGGAUUAUUCAUUUUUCUAUUUCAUGUCGCAUUUAACGAUCUGAUGAGAAACGAUUAUCGCAAAUGGUCACAGCGAUAUUCAUGGCUACCAAGUUGUGCUAGAGAAGAAUUAUCGUCAAGAAUUAGCUCUCCUCCGUAUAUAGCAUCACGGCAACUUAAAGAAAUAAGUUCAGGUUCAUCAACAGGAUCUGAAAUUUUGUAUCCAUCGUCGACAGAAAAAUAUCCUCAAAGAAUGGCAGGCAUUAUUGAGCAACGAUAUAAUCCUGUAUCAACUCUUCUUACUCGACAAAGGUUUCCUAUAUAUGGCGUCUAUGAUUACGCAACAAUUGUUUACGGUGAGCAAUAUCCAAGGCCGAAUUCAUCGACGCUGUUUGAACAUAACAAAUCUUCUAUAUUUGCUCCUACAGAGGCUCUCUAUCGUCCUCCACCAAAUUUUCCUCCUCCUCCUCCUCCACCAGCACCAUCAGUCACUGAUAAUAAUUUUCUUAAUCGUCCACAUUCAUCAACAAUGACAAAAUUAUCUAAUGAUUCAGCGUUCAGUGAUGGUUCGUCUAAUAUCAAUAAUAAUAAUAAUACUGAUAUGAAUAAUGUUGGCCCUUCAGGAAUGCUGUUAAGAAUGGAUUUGUCGAAAAAUCCACCCGUAUUUGUUCAAGGUAUUAUUGAAAAUUAA